AAGAAAAGCUGUGUGCGUUAACAUAGUUGCAUUUUGCGAGCCAGCAGCAGGAACCACAAAUGCAAGAAAGCUUUGCACUUCGCUGCGCGCGAAGCUCAGCGGAAGAUAAAAAAAAAACACACAAACCCAAUCGAUGUCAGUGGAGAGGACGUCCGGACAUCCCGUAUCGUGAACUGACGAAAAAGUCGCUAUUGGAAGUUGAGACCAUGAUAAUUGUUAAUCAAAAUCUCGUCAUCUAUGUGACAAAUUUUAGGAACUCAUUGCAAAAAAUCACACUCUUCUACGCUAAAUUUCAUCAACGCUAAGUAUCGUACAGAAUCGGUAAAGCAUCUCAAAAAAAAAUCUCAACGAACGAAAAUUGGAAAAUGCAGGCAGAUGAAUAAUUGUAACACAUGUGCUUCUACAGAGCGUACGACGCGUGCAACUGAAUAUAAAUCUGCGGAUUUACUGACACCGGCUGCGAUCUAUAUUUCGAUCGAUCGAUCCGAUGCUCGAAGCAGCGUGUUGAUAAUUGAUAUUUAUUCGAGCAAACGAUUAUUUUUGGAUUACUCUACCAAACAUGGAACGCACUGAGAAAGUGUACCAUUCAACGAAAAAUUUCUUAUUCAAAUAUUUUCUAGCGUUCAUAUGGAUCGGAUUCAAUUUUGUUGUAUUUUGCAAAGCAUUUUCCAACUAUCAUCACGAGCCAGAGUAUUAUUACUUGAGUAAAAUUCUUGGGAAUGGUCUUUGUAUAUCCCGUGCAACAGCACCAAUACUGAACCUUACUAUGGUACUGAUAACACUUCCGGUAUGCCGAACAUUAAACGUGCUGCUCAAUACUAUAUUUGGUCGAUGGUCCGUCCAGAUUUUAGUGUUUUAUUUAGAGAAAAUUAAAGCUUUACAUAUGACACUUGGUGUUGGAUUGAUCAUAAUAGGAUCAAUACACACUCUUGCGCACAUGUCAAACAUUUAUCAUUACAUUGAACAUUAUGAUAGCAAAUUGAAGGCCAUAAAUUGGGCUACCGGAACUGACGAUAGUAUACUUCGAUUGCUGUUGGCCACCCCAACGGGAUUCUCUGGUUGCGUCAUGUUGGGUGCAUUGUUUGUCAUAGCGUAUUUUUCAAGGCGCCAUAUGCGAGAACGAUUCUACAACAGUUUUUUGACAUCCCAUCACCUAUUCUUGCUGUUUUACGGAAUGAUGUUCUAUCAUCCGCUUAGUAACAUUAUCAAGCAUCAGACCAACCUGAAAGCUCAUCCAAAUGGCUGUGAUACAAUAGAUGAGCAAAUUUUUCGAAAUGAUUCGGUACUACAAGCAAUUUGCAAAGAGGAACCUGUUUUCGGUGCAAAUGAAAAAAUGGCAUGGAUCUGGCCCCUGCUAGGGCUUUCGGUGUACGUCAUAGACGUCACAUACCGAUAUCUCACCGCGCAUUCUGAAGCUAAAAAAGUCACUACUUUACAAGCUUACAUUCUUCCUGGAGGGGGCACAUACCUUAAGCUUCAGUUUAAUCAGACUAAGCGCGUGGCAGUCAGACCAGGUCAAUUCGUACUUCUACAGUGCCCUAUUAUUUCGACCUUAGAAUGGCAUCCAUUCACUGUGGUUGAUUUUCCAACAGCGGUUCAUAAUUCCAUUUCGUUAGUUAUUUCCGAUCGAGGUGAUUGGACACACAAACUGUAUGAAGCAGUGUUACACAACGAGCACUGUAAACGGCAGAACCAUGUAGAAAUUCAACCCUCUCGGAAGAUUAGUUUUCUUCUAAGUGGACCUCAUCCAUCACCGAUGGUUAGCAUUCUCAAGUACAAACGCAUAGUCUAUAUUGGUGCAGGAGUAGGCAUAACACCAUUCGCUGGAAUGAUUAGACAUUUACUAAAUUACAGUCCUCGGUAUACAUCUCGAAUUCAUCUGAUUUGGAUGGUUAAAAACGUGGAAAUGUUCACUUGGUUUGCAGAUGAUAUCAUCAAGCUUCAAGAACGGUUUUGGAAGCAAAACAAGCCGGACCGAUUCACGCUGAAGUUCUUCUGGACUGAAAACUAUAAUCAAAACUUAGUUGAAGAAUACUUCACCGACUAUCCUACCUUAAGAACUCGGAUAUACAAAGGCCGACCAGUGUGGGAGGAGCUGUUUUUGGAAUUGAUAACAUUAUACCCGAAGAAAGCGGUGACCGUUUUCAGUUGUGGUCCUAAGAAUUUAACGAAAGACAUUAAAAUUUACUGCCGGCAAUAUGGGAAGCACGCUUGUAAAAUCACUCAUUUGCAUGCUGGUUUUGGAUAGCAUUGAAAACGAUCGAGAUUCGUUGCGGUCCUAUCAAUUCACACUAUUAAUAGAAAUAUAAUCAACUAUAGAUCUAAAUGAUUAGAGAAUGUUAGCACCCUAAUCUGAAAAGUUUUAUUUUUAUGAGCAAAAUUUUGGAUACAGAAUAGGGUAUUAGACUAUCUCGUCAACGGUUUUC